AUGGCUAGGGUCACUAGGCCUUGCAGCCAUCUAAAAGUGUGCAUAUCUUUUGCAGAUAAUGACUGGUAUCUCUGCCAUGUGACACUCCUUGCCCCAGAAGAGGAGCUUCUAUCCUGGGGCAUGUAUCCAUACCCUUAUCUGGCACGUGUUGAUCCGGAGGCCCGAAAAGGCACCGUGGUCUACCAGCUUGUUGCAUAUUACGAUAAAAAUGAAACCACCGGUGCUGGGAUAACUUACACGCUCACUGCGGGUGGUGAAGAGCGAUUUCAAGUGGAUGUGGAUACAGGUAUCAUCAUGACAACUGGCUUGCCUUUGACCUGGAACAAGGAAUAUGUGCUUACUGUGCAAGCCAUGGAUGAAUACAGCAACAAAAGCCCCUAUGCCUCCAUUUCCAUCCUGGCAGGCACCCGGCCUCCGCAGUUCACUAACAUGUCCUACAGCGUGUUUGUCCCUGAAAGUACUCCAGCAGGAGAAAAAGUAGCAGUUGUUGAGGCUGUUUCUUUCCAGAGCCAGCCUCUUUCAUACGCUCUGCUGAUGAACCCCAGCGGGCUGUUCAGGGUGAGGCAGGAGAGCGGAGAGCUCAGCUUGACCCAUCCUGUGGACUAUGAGAGUGAGCACCACCUCUAUCACCUCUUACUGAAAGCAGUGGAAGCUGAGAGCGCUCUUAGCAGUGUGACUGAGGUCCUGGUCCAUAUCACUGAUGAAAACGACUGUUCUCCUGAAUUCCAGCACUCCAUUUACAGCAGAGACAACAUUCCUGAAACCAUUCCUGUGGGCACUUCUCUCCUGCAAGUUCUUGCAACAGACUGUGACUCUGGUUCCAACGCGGAGAUCACUUACUUCAUUCAGAGCGCUGAUUUUUCCAUCACACGUCAUGGGGUCAUCAAUUCUAACCAGAGGCUGAACUUUGAGCGAGCGAACCACAUGUAUGAGUUUGUGGUGAUAGCUGUCGAUAAAGGACUUCCCCCUCGGACAGGAACAGCGUCUGUGCGAAUUCGAAUGGCCAACGUGAAUGACGAGGCUCCUGUGUUCUCCCAGUCCAUUUACAGAACUUUCCUUUCGGAAGAUGCUGGUCCCAGUACCUUAGUGGCUACUGUUAGAGCAAAGGACCCUGAUGGAGAUGGGGUGUUAUACCUAAUUAUGGGAGGUAAUGAGGAGGGCAACUUUGAAUUGGAUAGUCAGAAAGGUAUCAUUAAACUCCGCAGAAACCCACUGCCUAAUCUGAAAGGCCCACAAUACAUACUGAAUAUUACCGCAAUAGAUGACAAUGCCUCUGGAGGACCCACUCCUCUCAGCAGUUUUGCUGAAGUUAUUGUAGGAGUUAAUGAUAUUAAUAACAAUAAGCCUAUCUUCAGAGAGUGCACUUACUACAGUGACAGUACCUGGGUUCUGGAGAAUCAGCCUCCAGGCACACGCGUGCUACAGGUAGAAGCCUGUGAUGCAGACCUCGGCCUGAACGGAGAGGUGAAGUAUGGGCUCAUGCAUCGAGAUGGAGCUUCCCUGGGCUUCACCAUUGAUCCAGACACAGGAGUCAUCACAACCACGCAGAGUUUUGACCGGGAGAAGCAGAGAGAGUAUACGCUCUCUGUUACUGCUACAGACCAAGCCCAGGAACCGCUGAUUGGUGUGUGUCAGAUCACCAUCUUUAUUGCUGAUGUCAAUGACAACGAUCCCAAGUUUGAAAACAGUCGCUACCAAUAUUUCCUCCGUGAGGACACUCCAGUGGGGACAAGUUUCCUUCGUGUUGCUGCUCAUGAUGCUGACCAAGGUGUGAAUGCUGCCAUCACAUAUUCAAUGUUAGAGCACCAGCUGGAAUACUUCCAGAUCAAUCCCAACACGGGCUGGGUGUAUGUAAACUCUCAGAUCUCCCAGGCAACACGCAUUAGUCGCUAUAUUGUAGCAACAGAUGGAGGCAACAGAAGCAGCACUGUGGAGAUGACCGUAACUAUCACUAACGCACUCAGCCAGCCACCCCGCUGGGAGCAGAACAGAUACUGGGUAACGAUUCCCGAAAACACCAUUCGUGACACCAAGAUAGUGACUAUCAAAGCCACAUCUCCUCUUGGCGAUCCCAGGGUUACAUAUAAUCUGGAGGAGGGCCAAGUUCCAGAGACUAACAUGCCAGUUCGUUUCUAUCUGAAGCCAAACAGAGUUUUUAAGUCUUUCACUCUGAGAGUCCGGGCACAAAAUGUGGCAAUGACUCCUUUAGCUUCCUUUACUACUGUCUGUGUCAAUAUAACAGAUGUCAAUGAUAACGUUCCAUUUUUCGUGUCUUCUAACUACGAGGUGUCUGUGCCGGAAGGAGCUGCUGUUGGCACACCUGUGGUUCAUGUUUUAGCUACAGACUUGGAUUCUGGCCUACAUGGAGAGGUUCGCUAUUUAAUAUUGAAAGAUGCAAGUGAGGACUACCAGUUCUUCAUUAUGGAGCCCAAGACCGGAAUUAUUUCUACCCAUGCAUCUUUUGACAGAGAGAAAAGAGCUUCUUACUUGAUUGAAGUUCAGUCUCAGGACUCUUCAGAAUCUGCUAGACCUGGUGUUCAUGGGCAACCCAACACAGACACCGCCUAUGUAAGGAUUUUUGUCAGUGAUGUGAAUGACAAUGCUCCAGCGUUUCCGCAGUCGGUGUACGAGAUCAGCAUAGAUGAAGACAGGGAUGUUGGAAGUCCUGUUAUGACAGCAACAGCAAAUGAUGAAGAUGAGGGUGCAAAUGCCAAGGUAAGGUAUCAGAUCACAUCAGGAAAUGUGAAAGGAGUUUUCGAUGUGGAACCUGAGGUUGGCACUGUCUUCAUCGCUCAAUGUUUGGAUUACGAACAAGAACGACGUUACGAGCUCCGGCUUGUAGCUUCUGAUGGAAAAUGGGAGAACCACACUCUCAUCAUCAUCAAUGUCGUGAAUAAGAACGAUGAGGCGCCAGUCUUCACUCAGAAUGAAUACCAGGGCAGUGUCUUGGAGGAGCUUACAGAUCUGCCUGUACUUGUUGUAAAGGUUUCUGCAACAGACCCUGACCAAGAGGCUGAUCAAGACGCCAUUAACUACUCCUUGCAUGGACACGGAGCCAAUAGUGAAUUCAGCAUCAAUGAGAACACAGGCGAGAUCACUGCAAAUAAAAGGCUAGACCGUGAAAAGCGAUCAACGUGGCGCUUUCUUGUUCUUGCAACCGAUGAGAGUGGAGAAGGACUGACUGGCUUUGCAGAUGUGAUCAUAGAAGUGAGGGAUGCGAAUGACAACCCACCCCUUUUCCUCUGUGUGUCAGAUGAUUGUUUCAUGGGCCAUGUCCCUGAGGAUUCUCCAGCAGAUACCUCUGUCAUGGACAUGACAGCAGUGGACCUCGAUGACCCAAAGGCUAGUACAAACGCUAUCCUAACAUACAGAAUCGUUCAAAAUGUCCAAAAUGAAAUUAAUCUGAAUUUGUUCUCAAUUAACUCGGUUAGCGGCACCAUCUAUACCAUGCUUGGAUCUCUAGACAGGGAGAAGGAAGACAAGUACCUAGUAGUAGUUGAGGCCAGAGAUGGAGGAGGUCUCACUGGGACAGGCACGGCCACUAUUUUGGUAUCUGAUGUAAAUGACCAUGCUCCAGUCUUCCUGCAAAGGAUGUACACGGCAUUUGUCUCUGAGAAUGCAAGUAUUAACACUGAGGUUGCCGUAGUAUCUGCUGUGGAUGAAGAUGAAGGAGAAAAUGCCAUGGUUACAUUCAGCAUCCUUGAUGGGGACAAUGACCGCAAGUUCUCCAUAGAGACAGAUAAAGUGAACAACUGUGGGCUUAUCCGGCUGCGAAAGCGGAUUGACUUCGAGAAGCCUCAUGAGAGGGUGUUCAAUUUGACUGUGAAAGCAGAAGACAUGGAUUUCUUCAGCAUUGCUCACUGUGUGGUCUAUGUGGAAGACUCCAAUGAUCAUGCUCCUGUUUUCUACCCCCAGUUCUAUGAGGUGGCUGCACUGGGGGAAGAUGUCCCAGUUGGCACCAAAGUUGUUCAGGUUUCUGCUGUUGACUUGGAUUCUGGCCUGAAUGGAAGGUUUUCUUUCCAUCUGCUAAGCAAAUCUGACCCAGGCGGCCAGUUCUCUGUGGCUAGCGAUGGCUGGGUGGUAGUUGCGGGACAGCUGGAUCAUGAGACAGUGACACAGUACCACCUUGUUGUUAUUGCCACUGAUAUGGGGCAGCCCCCUCUGACUGGCAGUGCCACUGUUUUAGUGACUCUGCAGGACGUAAACGACAAUGGGCCAGAAUUUGAGGCUCAUUAUAAUCCAGUGGUCUGGGAAAACACAGCUGCUCCACAGGUUGUCCAGAUGAACGAGAGCUCUACUUUGCUCUACGCUAAGGACCGAGACACUGCUGCUAAUGGAGCACCUUUCUCCUUUCACUUACUGAGCGAUUUUGACAGCGUGACUAACUUCAACUUGCAGGAUUUCCAUAACGGAAGUGCCUUGCUCACCGCACUGCGUACCUUUGACAGGGAAGUGCACAAGGUAUUCUACCUGCCCAUCCUGAUCACGGACAGUGGGAUGCCGCCCAUGAGCUCAACCAGCACGUUAACUGUGAAUAUCGGGGACCAAAAUGACCACCCACAUUCUCCUGGCUACAUGGAAUGUCUUAUUUACAGCUAUGAUGGUGUCGUACCCACGACUGUACUGGGCCAGGUUCGUGCCCCUGAUGAUGAUGACUGGGAUCACAAAAUCUACCAAUUUGAAGGAAAAACGUCAAGGUACUUUAUUCUUAAUGAUCAGUCAGGAUUGCUGACUAUUAAAGAAGGAACCCCACCAGGAACAUACAAUGUAAGAGUUAGAGUCAUUGAUGGUGUCUGGCCAGAUGUGGUCUCAACCGUGAAGGUUACAGUGAAGGAAGUCAAAGAUGAUGCCCUUUAUAAUGCUGGAUCUAUUCGAAUAAAAGAUAUCACUCCAGAGGAGUUCAUAUCCCAGUCCCUUGAGAAAGAGAGUAAAUACUACCAGAUGAAGAAGCUGCUUUCAGAAAUUGUAUCAGGGCAACUGGAAAAUGUUCACAUUUUCAGUGUAUUAAAUAGCCCAGGUCAAACCCGAGGGGUUGAUGUUUGGUUUGCAGUUUAUGGUCCACCCUAUUAUAAGGCAGAGAAACUUAAUGGCAAUGUAGCAGCAUCCAGAGCUCGGCUGGAAAACAUCUUGAAUAUAAAUAUCUCCCAGAUUGGCAUUGAUGAAUGUGUGACUGCAAACUGCACUCAUAGCACCGGCUGCAUCAGCAAGCAUGAGCAGAGUCAUGUGCCCGCAAUAACCACAGCUGGAAGCGUUUCACUGGUGUCAGUGACAGUGCUGAGUAGCGCCCUGUGCAGCUGUGCAGCUCGGGAGAGCCCUCGUCUCUCCUGCUCUUUGUACCGGACAAACCCUUGUCUCAAUGGUGGCACGUGUGUGGAUACUGACUUGGGCUACAGAUGCAAGUGUCCUGCAAAUUUCCAUGGACCAGAUUGCCAGCAGACAAAACGUAGCUUCAGAGGCCAUGGUUAUGCCUGGUUCCCUCCUCUUAAGCCUUGCUUUGAGAGCCGUAUCUCCUUAGAGUUUAUCACUGAAGUGGCUGAUGGCCUUCUGUUGUACCAGGGACCAGUAGCACGAGGGCAGCCUGGAGAGAUGGAAGAUUUCAUUGCCUUAGAGCUCUCCGGUGGUGUCCCGUCGCUGACUGUGAGCCACAGCUCUGGUGACCUUUUCCUGCAGCUGUCACAAAAAGUUAACGUUGCAGAUCGCCACUGGCAUAAUAUAAAAAUUAUAAAUGAUGGAAAGAAAGUGAAGCUGAUUCUUGACCACUGCAUAAACGUCUCAGUUAGAAACAGUGGCAGUAUCAAUAAGAAGAUCUCCCAAAUGGAUCUGUCUACCUGUGAAGCCUCUGAAGAGAUUGUGGGAACUCAGAGAAUGGGUAGGCUCUUCAGUGGUCACCAGCCCCUGCAGCUGGGUGGAGUUAAGAAGACUUUUCCUCACCACAAUUCUCAGAGGCACUUCCGAGGUUUUGUUGGCUGCGUACGCAAUGUCAUUGUUGAUAGUAAGGUCUAUGAUUUAGAGCACCCUGCAGAGUCCUUGAACAGCGCUCCUGGAUGUGUCCUGACAGAUGAAAUGUGUAAGAGCUCUGGGGUGGCCUCCUGUGGUGUCCAUGGCAAGUGUGUUGGUGGUUGGGAUUUCUUUCACUGUGACUGUUCCCCAGGAUAUGCUGGACCGGCAUGUGACAAAGCACUUCCAGAAUGGGCUUUUGGAAGGGACAGCUGGAUCCAUUAUGAGCCGAGAAGCAUUCUCACUGCCCAGAGCACUCACAUCCAACUGAUGGUGCGCACCCGGAUCUCCCACAGCACCCUCCUCAGCUUGGCCUCUGCAGAUGGGAAUGGAUACAUCCGACUGGAGGUGGUUGGGGGUUCCUUCAGUGUAAACUUCAGCUUGGGAGACAAAAAUUACUCUCUGAGGAUGAGCACCUUACGUAUAAACAAUGGCCAGUGGGUUCUGCUGACCAUGGAGCGCUACAACAACGAAUUUACCCUGCGUGUUAAUGACGGCGGAGGUGAUCAAGAAGUGACCUCUGUCUUGGGUAGAAACAGAUGGUUUGAAAUGGACAGAGUGAGCGUUGUGCUAGGAAACCGCUUUCCCAACCGUUCAGAGAGCGAUUUCCAAGGUUGUAUGCGUGAUGUCCAGCUGAACGGUCAGCCGCUUCUCGUGGAAGGCAAAAGCACAGAAUUUGGCUUAAUUCUAAGGCGACAAGGUAUCACGAUGGGAUGCCAUUCCACUGCCUGCAGCAGCCAGCCCUGUUACAGCCCUUUCUUUUGUGUAGACCUGUGGAGAAAAUACGAAUGCCGGUGUCCGGCUGGGAAAGUAGAAGUGAUUGAUAACCUUACAGGGCUCAGACAUUGUACCUCUUCACCUUGUGGACACUGGACCUGUAGGAAUGGGGGUACCUGUGUGGCCCAAUCCCAAGACAAGACUAUCUGCCAGUGCCCCGAUGGUUACAAGGGAAGAUGGUGUGAAAUGAGCCAAGUGAAGGCAGGAAGACCAAUUGGACUCAGCUCUGGCUCUAUUCUGGCAAUCAGCAUGUGUCUUCUCGUCUUCCUAGCUCUCUUGGUCUCCUACACAGUGUGGAGUCAGUGGGGAAGUUCAGGGUUUCGGAAGGGAGGAAUUUACCACAUUCCUGAAGAGCAUGAAAGCUGGGAGGAUGUUAGAGAAAAUGUCUUCAAUUAUAAUGAGGAAGGAGGAGGAGAACGUGACCAGAAUGCAUAUGAUAUAGAUGAACUGAAGAAACCUCUCCAAAACGUUUCCCACUUCUGCUUGAGGGCUGCUGCUCUGCACUGUAGGACAGCUGGUGGCCCAAAGAGAGACUCACUCCCAAAAUGCGCACAUCGAAAACAGUCAUCAGCAGCUGUUACCAGUGUUCCACAUUUCAAGGAAUACGUUUCUCAGCUCGUCUGGAACGCAGACAAUGAUCUACGGAGUCUUCCAGCUGACACUCUUCAUUAUUACUGCUUAGAAGGGCGAUGCUCUCUAGCAGGGAGCCUUAGUUCCCUAGACUCCGUUAGUGGUGAUGAAGAUCUAAAUUAUGAUUGCCUCCAAGAGUGGGGGCCAAAGUUUGACAAGCUCAGAGAACUCUAUGAGCUCUCAAAUGAACGUCUGUGACCAGAGCUAAAGGAACUCUCAAAACAUAGCCAUGACAUACGGAGACUUCUUCUAAAAAUAUGAGGUUUUUUAUAUUUAAGCUAAAUCAAUUAAGUUAUUUGAUGCAAACUUUUAGUAACAAUAGUAUGAAAUACUCAGUUUUCCCAGAAGUAACAAACUGAACAGUCUCUUUAUAUGCACUGUAUAAAUAGAUAUUCAAAGAUAGAAGCGCAAAGGCUUUUAAUGUAUGAGUUCUCUUGGAAACUUUGAAAUGUAGGAUUUGUAUCAAAUAGCAUUGUAAUAUCCCUUUUUAUUUGUGUAGACCACAGUGAAUUACUAAACUGUCUUGGAUGCAAGAACUUGAAUUACUGUCUCCCUAGUAUAAAUAUGAUUCCUUAUCAUGUGGAUGGCAAUGAGUGGGGCAUUUUUAAAAUUGCAUUCAUUUUAGACUGUGAAGUCAACUAGGAAACACUUUAAAUUUAUGUUUCUCUUCUCAGCUUUUGUCUUCUAAUUCUAAUCUCUCCCGACAUUACACACGCUCGCUCACUCGCUUUUACAGGCUGCCCAACCCUGUGAGACUUUUUCUCUACAAUCUCUUUCUCUAAUUACCUGUGAAGAUGGGAAAACAGCAGAAAGAUCAAAUUAUCUUAGCUGUGAAUAGCGCUUUGCUGUUGUGACAGUUUUAAUCUUAGAAGUGGUGGUAAGACUUGGAAAAACAUUUCUAUUCAGUAAGGUUUUAUUUCUGACUUUCCAUUGCAUCUUCAACCGUUCUUCAAAGUCUAUAGUUGUAAAAGAAGAGCUGAUAGCAAGCUGAAGAGAAGUUAGGAGGAAUCCAGGCAAAAGUUGGAACUGAACUCUUUUCAGUCAGGGUAGUUAUUGUAAAAGUUGGAGUCCUCCACAUAUAAAGCGUGGGAAAUCUGCCAUAUUCCUCUUUGCUUCCUCCUACCCUUCCCCUCUCCCCCAAAAAUGUGCGUGGUUUGAGCAUGGGAUGGAAGGAGAGUCAGACUUCUGAAAUCUAAUGUUGACUUGAACACUCAUCUCUAUGGCCAUGGGUAAAUCACUUUAAGACGUUCUUCCUCAUUCUCUGUCCCUUGUCCUCUCCUUGUCCCCCUUAAAUCCCGGGAUAUUUCCCACUGCAGAGGGUGAUGUGUGAAUCUUAGUGCUUACAGAGUGCUUAAAAGCUCUUAGAUGCUAAGGUUUUUUAAAUUGUUUUCUCCUUAGUAGUUUUUAAUUACUAGUACACCAUGAUAUACUGCACAUUUGUUUUUUGUUGAACUCUUGACAGUUCCUUUGAUUUAUAAAUACUGUUUUAAAUUGAGGCCUUUCAUCACUAUUGACCAUUUUGCUUGGUGUGAGAAAUGGAAAUGUAUAUUAGUUUUGUACUUAGAAGGAAGAUUUUGAGAUACUGUUAGAACAAAUGUAGUUUGCACUGAAAAGAGCUUGAACAAAAACACUAUGUGAACUGAAUUUAAAAAUCUGUGUUCAUUUCAUAAAAUGACUUACAUAAACAACAUUAAAAUAGCAAUAUUUAUCAGAGAUUUGGACCAAAAGAGUGACUCGGACUUCUUUGUGCCAAAUGGGCAUUGAUUUGUUCUUAUGAAGUCAUAAAGAAUAAGUAUUGUAGCUAUCUAACAUAUUACUGCAUCUCACUUAAUGUACUUUUUCCCUGCUUUCUAAAGAAGUAUGAUCUUGUAAGAAAUUAUAAAAUCUGUUAUAUUCUGGGACAUUAUAUAUAUUCUGCUGCAAAUGAAAUCUACUGAGCAUCAGAGCAUCAGUAAGGUAACUGAGUGUUGAACUCUUAGAAGAUUUUCAUUAAAUGCAUAUACGUUUUUAGCACUCUUUAUUAAAUUGCCUCUUCUGAACUUGAUAUCAAGUGAGGCUUAGCAUAAUUAUCCUCUGGGUAAACUCUGUCUCUUCCAAAAGAGAGUAAUUGGUACAACGUGCUACCAGUGAUGCUUGAGACAGGCUAACUAUUGUCACCCAGAGGAUUAUUUUACAAUUCGUCUUCUGAAGCCUGCCAUUUUACAUAUGAAUGCAUAUUAAACAUUAACUUAGGAAAGCUGAAGGAGCAGUUGAUUUUUCCCUCACAUAGCUGAAGACACAAAGUAACCUGGCAGGACAGAAGCUAAGAAAUUGCAAUGUAGUCUGGACACUUAAUGGACUUCUGUCUUCAUGAUAGAUGAGAAAGAGGAAAGCCCUUCUGCCUCAUUAGGCCACGUACUGCAAAAUACAGAACAUUUCCACACAGCAGGUAACUAUCUAGUUAGAGAGUUGAAUAUAAUGGAUGUCUCCUUUUCGAUUAAAAAAGGGAAUUUUGUACCACAAGGGACAUUUAAAGCGUCAAGAGAUUGGAACAAAACAUAUAAUGGCGUUUACAAAGGUAUGAUUCUGUGUGCGCACGUGCGUAUGUGAGAAUGAUAUGACCGACCAUGUCAUUUACUUCUUUCCCCUUGCAGGAUCAUUGUGUACCACGAGUGCCUGUUAAGUGGCAACUGAGAAAGGGCCAUACCAGGCACUCGUUUGGGACAACAUGUCUCGCUCCACUUGCUGCAGAAGUUGUGGUUGGUCAGCGAAUGAGUAAGUCCUGUAGGAAAGGAAAAGCAGCCCUGUCACUUAAUGCAAUGACUGGGGCAAAAGAGAUUUGCAGUCUGUGUCUUCACUGAAAACUUGUUAUACAGCCUUUUACUCUUUUCUUGGUAAAGUAUUUGAGAAAUUCAACCAAAUGGCUGAAGUAGUUAAAACCUUCAGCUAUUCAUCCUGCUUCUAUCCCAGACAUUGUCAUGCUAGGAACAGGGAUACCCGAAAACCUUGGGUAUCGGGUCUUGGCUAUUUGCAGUUUAGAGCCUGGCAUAAACAGAUGUGGACUAUGUAAAUGGGGAUUAAGCAAG